AUGAAAGAUAUACCAGAAUCGUCCAGUAUGUCUGUGCAAGAUUUAACGUCAGAAGAGGAACCUAUGGCUAUACAGUUCGUCUCUGGUCGGGCAAAGGAUGAAAUAACCCAAAGAUUGAUACGAUCACAUGCGAUGUCUGCUUUUCGAAGUAAGCAGCGACAGCAGAAAGCUAAACGAAAAAUUUCCGCGCGUAAACUUAUGGCAGUUGAACGCUCCUGCGAGUUUUCAAAGUCUAGUCUUGGUUCAUCAAGCUCAUCGCACAACCAGCAAUACGGAUCCGGUCAUGACACUUCACUUGAAGUCACACAAGUGGGACUGCCAUCAUUAUUCGCUUUUGCGCCCGCUCAACCUGACCCUUCAAGUUCUGGACGCCAUCCAUCACCUGAUGUAAUUCUCAAAUACUCCCGAGAGGUGAGUACAACUAAACAACUUGGGCCCGAGAUAUUAGUUGAUUUUCCAAAAGCUGCCGGACAAGCCUUAUCGACAAGCAUCGUUUAUAUGAUAUAUGCCUAUUUAUGCUCGGUUCGAGGAAUGAUAAACGAUGAAUUGGCUACAGGACUGAGAGAUGCAGCCAUUGCACAAAUUGGUCAGAAACUAGCUCAAGAAGGGACAUUAUGGUCCGAUGCUACAAUAGCGUCAAUCGCCUAUUUCUCAACAGGUAUUUGGGCAAUUGAGCGCAAUGCAGAGGAAGUUGAAGCACAUAUGACUGGCGUAGAAUUGUUGGUAAAGAGACGAGGAUUGGAGAGCUUUGGAGUUUAUCCAUUUGGACAAACAAUACGGAAGUACCUGGUGAUGCGUCACAUCUUUGUGAAGGCUAUUAGUGCCGAAGAGCUUCCUCUGAGCUUCAGCAAUUCAUCGAUUCGAUUGAAAGAGAAUGAACCUCAAUGUUGGCGAUUCACUUCCCCGUUAUAUUGUCCAUCGGGUUCAUUCGAAUCUGUCAGACAGUUGAAAGGAUUCGACGACUCCCUGAUCCAGGUUCUAUAUAUCGCCAAGGAUUUGAUCGACCUCAUUACUGGGGGAUACGAGCAAACGGUCGAUAAUGCCAAUCACCAAAGCCGCUUAUCUGUAGCUUUGUACUUUCUACAGCCGGGUACUGUCAAAAUGGGUCCUUCCAAUCUGACAUCCCAGUACUGGAUUUUCGAAUCCUGUAGACUUGCUACCCUUAUAAUAUUUCAAGCCAUAAAAACUUGCACCCCUCUUCCUUCAUGCGACGAGUACCUCACAUCGGCAAUGAUUUGCGCCAUAGAAAGAACGGACGUUGACGAAACUUGGGGGGACGUGUUAGGCAUAUUAUAUUGGGUAUCUAUCAUUGCUUGUGCGUCAAUUCAAGGUCGAUCAGACCAUGGAAUUCUGGAUUCGAGGUUAGGCAAGACGAUAUUCAUGAUAGCCUCUUCCGUACAAAAUUUCGAGUACGCAACAGGGCCUGCCCAGAAAUUUGCGCAAAUGCAAAUGGGUUUGGCCAGGAGAUACGAAUUGGCUGCCGCUGGGAAGAUGCAAGAGAAUCAUUGA